GCCUCUUCACCUAGCCCUGAUUGGUCAGGUUUAUCGGGCCUCCAGAAAUCAAGUUUAUUGUGCUUGAAAUAUCAGGAGGGUAAACACCCAAGGGAUCUGACAGCAUCACGAACAACCUGCUUGAAGAUUUAUUUGUUUUGUCUGGAUUUUUUGUGAAAAAAUACAUCGACAGGAUACUUUCUAACGUGGUUGAACUGCAUCAUUGCUAAGGUGAACAUGUUCAAUUACAGGCUAAUGGCAAACAAUUUGGUUUCAGCAUCUCUUGAGGCGCUGAUCCAAGACAUGGAUUACUACCCUGAUAAGCCGUACGCCUUCAACUUCCUGUUGACUUCACGUCUCUUUCUGCAGCCCUAUGAUCUAAUGACACGAGUUUGCCACUUGUGUUUGGAGCAGGGCUCUGGAGAUGAACUGCUAGAUCAGAUACGUCUCUACGAAGAAGCGAAGAAGCUGGUGCAGCUGAUGACUGAGUGGACUGAGGCCUUUCCAUACGACUUCAGCGAUGAGCGGAUGAUGCGUUCUCUCAGAGAUAUAACACAUCAUGUGGCUGGCGUGGACGAGUACGCACUACGAGACAUACAACAGGCGACUCACCAUCUUAUGAAACGCAAGUCAACACUCAUCCAAUAUGAAGAGGAAUUCGCUGUGCUAAACUCCGUGCUAGCCGAGCAGCCUGCCUCCCCGGAAUCCGAGGAAAGAAGCGGCAUACUGAGCAUGUGCGAUGACCCCGUCAUCUUCGCCCAGCAGCUCACACACAUUGAAAUGGACAGGAUGAGUUUGAUCGGGCCGGAGGAGUUCACCCAAUCAUUUGCAGUGAAGAACCCUAAGUGUCAGGGCAGCAACCUUGAGGCUUAUGUGAGGUGGUUCAACAGACUGAGCUCCCUUGUGGCUACUGAGAUCUGUAUGCCGACCAAGAAGAAACACAGAGAACGGGUGGUCAAGUUCUUCAUCGAUGUGGCGCAGCAAUGUUUGGAUAUUGGAAACUUCAACUCCCUAAUGGCCAUCAUUGCGGGGAUGAACAUGAACUGUAUUUCCAAGCUGAAAAAGACCUGGAAUAAAGACAACACUCACAGGUUUAAAACCCUAGAGAACCUGAUGGACCCGUCCUAUAACUUCAAGAACUAUCGCACUGUGCUCCAUGACGCCACUGAGAGGUCCAACACUGCCGACAGCAUCCAGGAGAAGAUUGUCAUUCCUUUCUUCUGUCUUCUCAUGAAGGACAUCUUCUUCCUGGAUGAAAGCUGUGCUAGCAGGCUUCCUAAUGGACACAUCAACCUUGAGAAACUGGAGGAUAUUACAAAGCCGAUCAGCCAGUUUCUGCUCUGGCGUCAGGCCAUAUGCCCAUUCCACAGAGAUGAGACAAUCCUCCAGUUUCUCAUCACCAUGCCGAUCAUCACCGAAGACGAGCUCCAUCUGAUCUCUGAAGGCAUCGUGAAGGACAGUCGUCCAUCUUUUUGGGGGUUCCUCACACAAAAAUUAAAAAAAAAGAAAAAACAAUAAACCAUUCAAAACCAU